AUGUCGGUUGCAUUUCAUUAUUUCAACAGUAAAAGGGUAGGCCAUAAAAUAUCUAUCAUCUUUUUCUCAUUCCAUGUUGAUCACUUCCCCACCUUCUUGUCCUCUUUUCAUGUCGUUACCAUCUUUUUGUCUCUCGCUUUCUCUUUUUCCCCCUCUCUUUGUCUCUCGCUUUCUCUUUUUCCCCCUCCCUUUGUCUCUCGCUUUCUCUUUUUCCCCCUCCCUUUGUCUCUCGCUUUCUUUUUCCCCUCCCUUUGUCUUUUCGCUUUCUUUUUCCCCUCCCUUUGUCUCUCGCUUUCUCUUUUUCCCCCUCCGUUCGUUUCGCUCUCUGUUCCUCGGCUUCUCUCUUCUUCUAUCUUCUUUUCUCUCCCCUUUCACUCCAUCUGUUAUUUCAUAUCUCUUUCUCUCACACACUCGUUCUUUUCCUCUCUCUCUCUUAUACUCUCUUUUUCUCUUUCUCUCCCUCUCUUACUCUCCUUUCCCUUAUUCUCCGUUCUUAUCCCUUCACACCACCUCCCAAUAUGA